AUGCUAUCUAAGAGAGCUCAGAGUUUAGUUGUUGGAUCGGCUUUCAACGAGAUGUGGGAGGUCAUUAGGGAGAAAUGGGACAUGCACAAGAACCCCGACGGUUUUGUGAACCUAGGCGUAGCCGAGAACUACCUGAUGCUUAGGGAAUUGGAGGCCUACCUGACAGAACACGUUCAAAUCGCUGGCAGCAACGCGACGUACGACGACGGACCAGUGGGCAGUCAACGGCUACGAACCGCCUUAGCUCAUUUCUUAAGCGCGCAGCUGGAGACAGCGCAGCCACUAGAGGCAGACCAAAUUGUGGUUACCAAUGGAGUCUCGAGUGCGCUCGAGCAUGUCGCCUGGGCGCUCGCUGAUGAGGGCGAUGUCUUCUUGCUAGGUCGGCCGUACUAUGGAGAGGCUACCUUGGGCCUGCGACCCCACGUUCGAACUGUUGCUGUCACGUUUGGUACGACAGAUCCGUUCAGCCUGGCAGCAAUCGAGUGUUACGAAAAGGCGUUGAUGCGCGCUCAGGCACGUGGAAUUGUAGUUAGGGGCCUGCUAUUGUGCUCGCCUCACAAUCCACUAGGUCGCUGCUAUCCGCGCGAAGUGCUAUGCGCCCUGGUCGCACUUUGUGCAAAGCAUAGCCUGCAUCUCGUAAGCGACGAAAUAUACGCACUCUCAGUUUGGCGCGAACCUUGCUUCACUUCGGUCCUGUCGCUGCCGCUCGCCGGUGUCAUAGAUCCCGCUCUGGUUCACGUCGUCUGGGGCAUCUCCAAGGACUUUUGCGCCAACGGAUGGCGGCUGGGUUGUCUUUUAUCUCCUGCCAACCCCGCGUUGCGCGCCGCUGUGGCUGCUGCUGCCAUCUACUCCUACCCGUCUUCCAUCGCGGACCAUGUAGUCGCGCAGAUGCUUGAGGACCGGGCCUUCACCAUCAAGUACUUGCGCAAGAAUCGUCAGCGGCUAAACGCUGCCUAUACACUUGUUACCGGUCUUCUGGAGAAACAAAGCAUUCCCUUCGCUACCAGUACCCACGCUGGCCUGUUCGUGUGGGUGGACCUUGGCCACGCAUACCGCCGCCAUCACAACCUGAAGCAAAUCGACAUAGACGACAAAGCUGUAGCGCACAGGAUACGAGAAGCACUGUACACGCAAAAGGUAUAUUUGGCAUGGGGAGGCAACUUCGAUAGUGAGACGCCGGGUAUGUUCCGUGUCAGCUUUGCGCACCCAAGCAAGUACAUAGAAGAAGGGUUUCGACGCAUUGAGCUAGCACUUCGAAGUAAGGCUCUGCUACUAAGCGUGCCGUAG